AUGGCCGUUGCAAUCCCUCGUAUGCCCGCUCCCAUCUCGUCCUCUGGGUCGCCAUCUAUGGCCUCUUGGUACUCCCAACGGCGCUCGGCGAGCUCCUCCUACUUGCCGCACCCUGCCUGGCCUCAGCAGGCAACCGCCGCAACAACAACGUGGUCAUCCACGGCGCCCGUCCAGUACGGCGGCUCCGAGUUUCUCGUCGAGGCCAACGACUACGCCAACGACUACGCAUCGUCGUCCGAUGACUUUCUCGAGCAGUUCGUCGAGAGUCCGAAGAGCGUCGGUGAGGUUCGAGCGCCCUCGCCCCAGGUCCUCUACUCUCUCCCGGACACCUUCGAUCCGCGUGGUAGUCAAGCGCAGGAGAGUGCUGUCAAGGCCGAGCCGUCUGCGACCGAUGCAUUUGUCUUUGAUAACAGCAACGUAGCACGCGGUCCGGCGCUUACCCAGUUUGGCUCUUGUAGCCAGGUCCCUCUACGCGCGACCCAAGCGAGUAAAGAGAUGCGGGCGUUGAUGGGAGUCUUCCGCAUAAAUCCCUUCGCGUUCCACGGCGGUCCGCCCCCACCAAAUGUUGCUGGUCCGCUCGCGACGCCCGGGAAGCACUUUGAGUGGCAGCUUCCGACAGAGGUUUCGGAAGAACGAGCGCUUCAGGACGCGUAUGAUGCUACACACGAGAUCCAAUCGGCACGGUACGACGUUGGUUCGGAGGCGCAAGAUCCGUCGUACGGGUAUCCACCCAGCACAUUGGCAUCUCGGCGGUCAGCAACACAACUGUCCGGCUACAGCUCUCCGUCGUACAUUGGCAGCUCUUCAGGAUCAUAUCCUCACUCACGGACGUAUCCCUCGCCGUCCGCGAAGGUGGAGUACGGUUACCCGCUGCCGGAACUUGCAAGAGAAGCCCAAGCAUCUUGGACGACAUAUCCUACUCGAGCCAGCGUGGCGUCGUCCGCGGGCGGGUCGCGCCCGGGCACGUCCGGCACAGGGUAUUCCGGCGAGACAUAUCAGGGGGUCCAUGAUACUCACACGGUAGAUGUGUCAUCAGGCCGUUACGUCCCUGCGCACAGGCAAUCGUACGACGAACCGCAGUCAUACUACCAUGCGGGUCAUGGUAGCGGCUCGAUCUAUUAG